UUUUCCAAUUGGUUUUAUAAUUUUGCCAGUUUCGAUAAAUUAAAUUUUUCAAUUAAAGUUGUAAGAAUAAUAAAAAUAAAUUAGCAAAUAAUGUCGGUUGUUCAGCAAAUAAAACCAAUUGUUUGGAAUACUCUCGCAAAAUGGCAAAAAAUUAGUAAUAUUCGUUUAUUUUCGAAUGCUUCUAUUGAGCGACGCAAUGAAUUAUUUACCAUAGAGCAGAAAAGACAAAGAGAAUUAGUAGGUCGCAUAGAAAAAAUUGAAGUCCGUUAUCUGGGUCUUCCUGAAGAUGUCACCCUUAUUAUGAAUCGUGAUCUGUCAACGCCGUAUAAUUGUGCCCAACAUUUAUCCGAGGGUCAUUGCAAGCGUACUGCUCUAGCCUUAUUAGACGGCAAUGUGCCAUGGGAUAUGCACAGACCAUUGCCGGAUAAUUGUACACUACAACUAUUGAACUUUACUGUUGCAGAUCCACAUGUGGUUAACAAGGCAUUUUGGCGUACAUGCAGUUUUAUGUUGGGUGCUGCUUUACAAAAUGCUUUCAAAGAAGAAGCUCGUUUGCAGUUGCAUAGUUUUCCUGGACCAAAUAUUAAAUCUGGUAGUUUCGUACAUGAUAUUGUACUGGGCUCUAAAACAUGGGAAGCAUCCAACGAUGAAUUGCGUGCCUUAUCAGCUGAAAUGAUAAAAUUGGCAGCUAAAGAUCUUAAACUUGAACGUCUAGAGGUGAACAACGAAUUGGCUUUGGAAAUGUUUAAAGAUUCGCGUUAUAAGAGCGAGCAGCUUCCAAGUAUUUCACAGCAAAAUCAUGGUCGCGUAGUUCUUUAUCGUAUGGGAACACAUAUUGAUAUUUCAAGAGGUCCAAUGGUUGCAUCGUCGCGUUUUCUUGGUAAAUGUACGGUGACUGCUGCCCAUAAGUUAGCCGAUGAAGAAGCUAGCAAUGCAAUUUAUAGAAUGCAAGGUGUAGCCUUACCAAUUGGAUUUGUCCUGAAUCACGUAGCCUAUGGUACACUUGAAAAUCGUGCUAGAAAAUUGAAUCCUGCUCGUCAGCCAAAUGAACCAUUCGAAGAAUCGCAAAUGCAAAUGGCUUAAUUUGUUCUUUAAGAAAAUAUGUUUUAUUAUUUGUAUUAUGUUAUGUACGACUAUACAUUUACUUAUUUAGGUCAACAAUUGUUAUUUUGAAAUAAAUUUUUUUUAAUAAAAA